GACCACUAGCCAACUUUAAUAGCCAAACCGUAUCCGAGCAUCUACCAUUUUCCAUGGUGUUGUACACCUAAUAUUUAGAUGUGGAUCAUUUUUGGGAUCAAAGCCUAAAAUGAACUUGAGAAAUAAAUGGACGGUGUGGAUUAACAAAUACAUCAUGGUCGGGCCCACGGAGGACCGAUCACUUGGCCAGUGGCAGUCGUCGCAAGCCAAACCCGCUUCUUCCCAAAAGACCAAACCAUGUCCCUCCCCCCGAAAAGCAAACCGCGUCCCUCUCUAUCGAUCGGAUUCUGUAUCUUUCCUAGAUUCAUUGCCGGCCGCAAGCUCUAGAUGUCCUCCAUCCAAGUGCACUUGAACGGAUUUCCAAAGGCAGAUUGGAGUCCUCCUGCAAGAGGAUCGAGACUCCGGAUCUGGAUUCGGUUUUCCGAUCUAAAAUUUUGUUGGUUAUUGGCCUUCGAUGCUGGGUCCACCAGAAGAACCGUUCCAAUCACUGAGGCGUGUCCCACAUAUGGUGGAGGAUUAGAAGCCCACGUAAGUGCUCAAUUGGUUGCUGUACCAAAGGAGCAUGCUGCCUAUGGCAAAAUCACAGAAUCAAAGAUGAGCUACUGCUGUCUGGCUGGUGAACUGCAGCAGUUUUUUGUUCAUAGCGUACAGGUGAAGCAAUUGGAAAACCCAGACACUGUUUUUGACGCAAUUGUUGGUCUUGUUGUUUGUUUUGCAGAACAUGGUCUCAUACACUGUGACUUCAAUGAAUUUAACAUUAUGGUACUUUGAUCGUGAUGUUGAAUGCAUUUACAAGUUCAGUAAAAGAAAGGGAGAAAGAAGGUCGAAGGACUAGUGAAUGCAGAUCGCAAGAAUACAGUCACUUCUUGUUUUGUUUCUCCUUACCCUUUAUUCCCAUUCUUGAACAUUAUGUUGUCGAAGCCCAUCGUUCAAACACUAUCAUGUCUUGAUUCUCUCUAGAAUCUUAUUUGAAAAAAAUAAACUAUCAGCGAUCUAAGCUAAUGUUUAGCAACUUUGAGAGUGCCAGUCAGGCACCCAAAUCCAGCACAUUAUCAAUAGUUCUAUAGGUUGUACCGGCAUGGGCUUCCAGGUGCAUUAUAUGAUUAUUCUACAUUUUCUGUGUGUAAUUAUAAAUUUCAUAAUGAUUACUUUGUGUAACUGGCGGCAUGAUGACGUUUGUGUAGUUACUACUUGCAUAUAUCUAGUAAAAUUUUCCAGUUCUAAUCCGAGUCUAAUGGAUUAUCAUUGAAAUCAAUUAUGCUUAUAGCAUAUGAAAUUGGUUGGAAUGGUAAGUUAUUUGACAGUGUGAUUUUGUUUGUUCAGAACUGUGUAUAGUGGUAUAUGGUAUGUUUAAUUGGGAGCUUUGGAUCUAGUUGAAUCUUACUAAUGUCACAGUUUCUUCAAUGUGUUUAUUAUCAUAUUUCUUCCGUAUGCUAAAUGGUUUUGGACUUAUUUUAUUAGCUUUUGACUGGAGUACCCUAUCCGAAACAGUCAGGUAAUUAACACAAUACUGAAACGAAUUCGAAAAAGAUUGGUGGCAUGGCCUCCUCGGCUGCUGCUGCUGCUAAUUCAUCACGUAAUGGAAAAGGCAUGGUUCCCCUGUAUGGACAUUACUCUGGAGGCUCUGACUUCGGCAACAACAGCCCCAAGAUUGAUCAGCUGAUUCAAGAAGUGACACAUCAUAGCAUAGAUGGUGCAUGGGAGGUCUGUGGCAAGAAAUCUAAGAACUGAACUGGGAAUGGUGCUGAGAAACAGAGGGGAGCCUCAACUGCUGCCCCAAAAGCCUGGGGGCAUCCAGAAAUGUCUCAAAAGUCGUCCAUGUCUGAUAAUGGUCAAACAGGAUGGGCUUCUGAAAUUAAUUGGCGACACAGACAGUUGAUUCUAAGAGACAAGCUGGCAGAGUAAAUGCAAAGCCAGUGUAAUCUACUAGUUGGUGGAUCUGGAAAAUGUCUCCGUGGAUCUUUUUCCCGCAUAGUUGACCUUGAAGCAGCUGUCUGUCUUUGCACUGCCAUUAAAGCCAAUAUCUUGGGCAUAAACCUCAAUGUCCCAGUCUCCCUAACCUUGCUAUUGAACACUUGUGGGAAGAAGUGCCCAUCUGGUA